AGCUGGCGGAAGUGACGCCGUCGCCCCGCCCCCGCGUGACGUCACCGGCGUGCCAACAUGGCCUUCACGCUGUACGCGCUGAUCCAGGCGGCGCUGCUCUGCGUCAACGCCGUGGCGGUGCUCAACGAGGAGCGCUUCCUCGCCAAGGUCGGCUGGGCGACUGAGCAGAGUGUGGGUGGCUUUGGAGACGAACCUGGCAUAAAGUCGCAACUGAUAAACCUCAUCAAGUCGGUCCGGACGCUCAUGCGAAUACCACUUAUUGCUAUGAACACGGUGACGAUCGUUCUACUGCUGCUGUUUGGAUGAGUGGAAUCGACCCAAAAUGAAGAGACUUGCAGCCAAGAAACAUGAGACUUGUUGAACAUUUCCAUUACCUACUCUGUUUUGGUGUGUUUUUUGUCUAACUAUACGUGCAAUGAAAUGCAGCCUACCCAAGUUUUAUUUCUGAUGUAAAAUUAGGAAUUGCACAAUCGGUUAAUGUAUUCGGGAACAAAUGUCUUGAUGUAUUGCCUUUUUUGAUAGUGCAAUUCGAUCAGAUAAGCAAUUCAAGUAUCCGUUUACAGUCACAUUGAAUAAAGCAUACUUCAUCAAUCAGAAAAUGUAAGACAAGGCCUAUUAAACGAAUUAAGAAUAAAGUCGCAAGUUACUUUUUAUUUUCUUGCUUUGUCAUUAUUUCCUGUUGGAAGCUUAACCAUGUAAUUGUUUUAGACGUGGGGUAUUGGGAGACGAGAAUUAAGUUUAGGUUCAGUCACUUCAUGUUUUAUUACAUAAAAGGUUUGUAUAUUAAGCUUGCAAUCCAUGAAAACAUUACAUGAACGUCUUUUGUUAUAUGUACAUAUAAAUGUAAUUACACUUUAUACCACUCAUUCAUUACAGAUUAGACAACACUUUUGUUUUAUGUAGUCGAACACAUGACUUGCAAGAACGCAUGGUAUUUUAAUAUGAAAUAAACUUCAGCUUCACACUGAUACUUCUGAAGUAAUCUACACAUAUGCUUUCGAAUAUCAUGGUUGCAUUAUAGUAUAUAUUAUUAAAAUGUACAUGAACAUUAUAAUCAAGUGUGAUUCUAAAUAUCAAUGAAUAAAACGACAUCACAAACUAGAUGAGAAAUACAUGUUUCAACAAAAUAUAAAACUCCGUGGGCGUCGAGGCGAUAUACCUUGGCUUGCAAGAAGGUGGUACUGUACAACAAAUGUGGACUCCACCUGUUUCACAAUAUUUCCCAUCACGCGUGGGUUUUUCCCAUGUGCUCCAAUUUCCUCCCAUGUGUAAACACUCAAUACAGGUUGAGUUUCACUUUUUGUAAACUAGUAGGAUAAAAGUCGUCUUGGUGAGUUAUUCGUAUUUUCUGCAUCUAUGUUAAAGGUUUUUUCGGAGAUUAUUUGAACUUUUGUUACCUAUUUUUGGUGUAAAAGGGUCUACACUUGUUUACAACAUGAUUAAAAUUCCAGGAAUUGA